AUUCCGCGUGUUCAUAUUAGCCAAUCACCUUUGCCGUCUGUGAUUCUGAAUGUCACCGGCUGAUCUUCUAUUUUCAGCUGUUUAGUGACAUUGGUUUUGUACAGUAUUUGACAAGCCGUUCUUUCUAAUUUAGGAUUGUUUUCAUUUAUGAAGCUUUAAAUGAAUAAACAGCUAAAGCUUAAUAAGUAGUUGUUAGCUGUGUGCUAUUGCUUUUGGCUGGCAGACAUCGCGCGAGGGAAUGCUUUAAACUGACCUAUAUCUGGAAACAUGCUAGCACACAUAGCGAGAAGAAUUGGUCAUUUCCAUGGCCAUCAGAUCUCAAGUGCAAUUCUACGGCGCAUGCGGGCAUCACUCAAGACCAUCAAUCCCAUCUCGGCAAUUUCACUGUGGACGUUUUCAUCUCAGCUGCAGGACUUCAGCCAACCCAACCCAUCUUGGAGUCCAGAGAUGCGCAAGUUUUAUGACCAUUAUAAUGCACAGUGUGACACUGACACUGAAACAUAUGAGAAUAAAACUGGGCCUUGGAGGAAGUUGCCCAGCUACAACCGCUCCAUUAAACAUGCUACUGGUGGCAUAUACAUCAGCAAACUGAUCCAGGCCAAAGCUCGACUUUUCACGAGAAGUGUUAAUGAGCAAGGUGCAACAUUUGAAUAUGUGGCAUUUUUCAAUAAGGAGGAAAAAAUCUGCAUUUGUCUGUUCCAGCCAGGACAUUUACUAGAGGGUGCACCUGGACAUGUACAUGGUGGAGCCAUAGCCACAAUGAUUGACACAGUAACAGGUACGCUUGCUGGCUACCUGUCAGGACCCAGUGUGACUGCCAAUCUCAACAUAAACUAUCGCAGUCCAGUACCUCUGGGUAGUGUGGUUAUAAUCCACUGUGCUCUAGAUCGAAUAGAGGGGAGGAAAACAUUCAUUACUUGCAAAGUGACCAGCACUGAUGAGUCCAAAGUCUACACCGAGGCCACAGUUCUAUUUGUUUCAAUCAAAUUGGGCAGUUUAUUUGGAUAACAAAGCUGGAUCAUCCAGGAUUCCACUACUGAGUCCUAAAUACAGUAUAUGUGCAUAUCUGUGCAUAUAUGAGUGAGUGUGUUCCUGACAUGGAGUGAGCAACUGAUCAAGCUGGUGUUCUGCAGAGCUUAAGAUCUCAUAAUGUGGUAUUCAAGUGUGCAUGUACGCAGUGAUUUUACACAUGACUGAUUCAUUUUUUAUUUUUAUAUUUUAAAAGUUAAAUAGACUUAUUACCCUGGUAUAUUUAUUGAUUUGGUAUUUAUUGGUUUUAAAUAGUUUUGCUUUUAACUACUUCAAAUUUAAAGUGCUUAGUACUAUAAGUAUUGAUUAUAUUUUUACCAAUGCUUUGAGUAAUAAGUGAAAGAAAAUUUCAUGCUCUGUUUUCAAUAGAAAGUUGUACAUGUAAAUAUUUAAUGAUAUAAAAUAAUAAUUGUAGUAGUAAUAAUUAUAAGCAAUAAUGGUAUAUUUAUGUUUGCCUUAAUGUAUGCCAUUAAAGCCAUUAAACAAA